GGUUAAACCGACUAAAUUUAACCAUACGCCAUUUUGUCUAUCAUCAUCAUCACUCAAAUAAUAUAUAUACAACACACACUUUUACACACAUCCACAUUCCUAACUUCUUUCAUUAUUCUCUCAAAACUACUCAUCAUCAUUCCUUCCUCUCUCUCUCUCUCUCCUUCAAUGGAAGAAACUCUAGCCACCCCCGACACCACCAGACGCUCUCUGUCACCGUCUUGCUCAUCCGCCGUGAAAUCACGCGCCGCUGGUUUCGAGCGCAGAACUAAACGGAGAUUGUCAGAGACUAACGCAACCGUACGUGAAGAUUACCAAGAAGAAGAAGAAGAAGACGAAGUUAAGGAGAAGAUCGAGGCUUUGCAGAGGAUUAUUCCCGGAGGAACGGCGCUUGGUGUUGACGCGCUCUUCGAAGAGACAGCUGGUUACAUUAUGUCUCUACAAUGUCAGAUCAAAACCAUUAAAGUUCUCACUUCGUUUCUCCAGCGCUUAGAUCAAGAAGACAUGAAGUUCGGAGGUUGAAGAUGACCGACCACAUCAAAAGAUUUGUUCUUCUUCUUUUCUUCGAUUCCCCAAAACAAAAACAAAAAAAAGGAAAAAAAAAACCACAUUGAUCUUUUUUUUUUUUUUUUUUUUAAUUAACAUGGUCUUUUUUUUCUAUUUAGCUUUGAUUUGAUAUACGAGGAAAGAGAUCUCAGCAUUUUUUUUCUUGGAAAUCUUUUUUCUU